AUGACUAGAGCACCAUUUUCAAACCAGAAGCCAGUGAUUAAACGUACUACUAGUAUACCGAUUACUUCUACUACUACUGGUAAACCGCCGGAAGAUUCAUCGCCAAAAGGAGCAGAAUUGCCUCAUAUUUUAAAUGAAAUGAAUUCGAUGUGUGGUCAGACCGCGGUUCGCCCGUUGAAUCUGGUGGUUGGCGGAGAAGCGACUGCGAGAGGCGACUGGCCAUGGUUGGUCGCCUUGUACGUCGUAUCAGAUAACGGACCAACUUUUAAAUGUGGAUCUACGUUGAUAUCACGAAAGUUAGUUGUCACAGAUGCUUUACAAACAGGGGCAGAAAAAGCAAUUCCUCAUCCAGAUUUCAAGCCAAAAUCCGACAGAACAGAUGCAGACAUAGGCUUAGUGAUUUUAGCACAAACAGUUGAAUUUACAAGUUUCAUCAAACCAAUUUGUCUUUGGCGUGGAAAUGCAGAUUUACAGAAUAUUAUGCAGAAAAACGGAACAGUUGUUGGUUGGGGCAGAGACGAAACUGGACGAAAAACUACUCCUGAACCUCGGAUGGCAAGUGUUCCAGUCGUUUCCAGAGACGACUGCAUGGACUCAAAAGAAGAAUUCAGACAUAUUCUGACGUCAAAAAGAAUGUUUUGCGCGGGAGCAAGAGGUUUGGGUCCCUGCAACGGUGAUUCUGGUGGAGUUCUUAUGUUCCCCCUUCAAAAUC